GAUCAUCAUCAUCAUGAUGACCGGCUUUUUUCAACUGAUCGGAUCGUCGUUUCGUUUCGUUGUUUACCGCAUUUAAUAUUCAUAUGAGAUAAGCGAAACGAAAUAUAGAAAAAAAAAACAAAUUUUUUUCUCGCCAAACAAGUAACCAAUAAAAAUAUUUCGAGGUUAACAAAAAAAAAUUAACCUUUCGGUCUACGGUAGGGGGGAAAGAAAAUUUUUUCAUUCGAAAAAAAUAUUUUUAAAAUAUUUUUUUUCUGUUCCCUGGAAAUUUUCUCCAAUCUGAUAAUCAUCAAAUAUGGUAUUAGUAUUACGUUUACUUAUCUAUGGUAUUAUUACCGAAAUUGCUGAUAAACAAAAUGCAUGUGGUACAAUAAAAUCAUCAUCAUCAAUAAAUGAUAAUGAUGAUGAUGGCCAUAAUUCGAAGCCAACAAUGCAAGCAAAAACAUUUCGUCGACCGGAUGGUAUUACUAUUAUUUGUUUACCAUUAUCACCACAAUCAUCAAAAAUCAAUGGUGAUAACAAUCAUAAUAAUGAUGAUAAUCAUGGUGAAUCAUUUCAAGCAUUAACAUUACGUAUAACACCUUCGACAAUAACCAACAACAACAUUGGUCAACAUAAACAAAGACAAAAACAAAAUGAUGAUGAUGAUGGCCAAUUUAAGAAAAAUUUUGUUAAAAAAAUUCAAAUUAAUAAUCAUAGUGAAGAUGAUGAUGAAAAAGAUGAUAAUCAUAAACAUCAACAACAUGGUGAACGUCAAGAACGUCGUGCUAAUCAUAAUCAUCAUCAUAAAGAUGAUAAUGGUGAGAAUCAUGGUGAUGAGAAUGAUGAUCUGGUUGAUGAACAACAUAAAAAUGAUAAUCAUAUGACAAUGAUGGAUGAUAAACGCGAUAAAUCCGGUGAAGAUGAUGAUGAUGAUCAUGAAAUAACAAAAAACAUCAAAAAUGAUGAUGAUGGGAAAACAAUUAACAACAAUAAUCAUCAUCAUGAUGAUGAAGAUGGACAAAAAUUUCGAAUGAAAACAAAGUCGAAAAAACAGGAACGAAGCUCGAAUUCAAAUGAAAAUCAUAAGGAUUCAUUCAUAAAUGAUGAUCAUCAUCGGGAUUCGAAUAUUGAUCAUAAUGAUGGUGAUGGUGAAAUGGAACAAUAUAUAUUGAUUCGACGUAUUCAACGACGACGAAAACAGCGGCCAAAGAAAUCAUCAUCAAUAAAUGGCCAAAUAAAUGAUCAUCAACAUGAUGAUAAUGUUACGGAUGAACUUUGGCUACGAAUUCCCGCGAGUAAAGAUUCAAAACAACAACAAAAACAACGAUCAUCUUCGUCGUCAACAAAGACAAGUUCAAUGAUAAUGAAUGAAUCUAAAAAUGAAAUUGUGACAAAAAAAUUAUCACCACCACCGAAGAUUAGGACAGGAAUGGGACCAAAAUUAUUAAAAUUAUCACCAUCAACAACAACGAAUGCAGAUGAUCAACAAAUAAUGGCAGAUAACAGUAUCAAAUUGGACAGUAUAAUGGAUAAUUUACUGCUUAAUUAUAAUAACGGUGAUGAUGAACAUAAAGAUGAUGAUAAUAGUGGUGAUGGUAAUGGUAAAGUUGAUGAUGAUCAUCAAGAUGAUAAAGAUGAUGAUUAUAAUUAUGAUGGACAAAAAAGUAAUGUUGGUCGAUGGGAAAAUGCGGGACGAAAAAUGUCAACAAAAACAAAAAGUAGACAACAUUUUGAUGAUGAUAAUGGUGAUGGUGACCAUCAUAUGAAAAUUAAAUCAUUGCCCAAUGAUAAAAGUAUGCAUCAUAAAAAUUUCCAGAUAAAAAUUGAACCAAAAUUCGAUGAUAAUUCAUUGUCCAAUAGUGAUGAUGAUGGAAAAAUUUUCCAAAUAAAAGUACCGGUUGUUUAUGCCGAUAAAUCUUCGAAAUCUUUGAAAUCCAAAUCAAAGCAAUCAAAAGUUAAACAGGAACGUUCAAUAGUGGAAUUUGAAAAGCCAAAAAAAUCUAAAUCCAAGUCCAAACGAAAAUCUUCUUCGAAAGAUAAAUCAAACGAAAAGAAAAUUAAAACAAAAAAGAAAGUUGAUACCGAUGAUAACAAACCUAAAGAUUUUGAUCAUUUUCUUCGUGUUUUUAAUUUUCGUCCUGAAGAUGGUAUACAUUAUGAAACAAUUGAUCAAAAACCGAAAACAAUAAAAUCGAAAAAGUUGAAAAUUCCAACUACAACAACCACCGAAUAUUAUCCAUAUUAUGGUGAUGAAAAAUUUUCCAAGAAAUCGAAUGACAACAAAAACAAAGAACCGGGAAAAGUUCCGGAAACAAUUUAUUCCUAUUUAUUGAGUUCCAGAAUUAAUGAUGAAGCAAAAAAACAACAAAUGAAAAAACAAAAGCGAAAAAACGAAAAUCACCAAGAAAAAUCAAAAUCGAAUGAUAAUAUCGAUGAUGAUCCAAUCGAAAUGAUACCAAAACUUGUAUUUGGUGAUCGUAUCAUACCGAAAAUUGAAAUUAUCAACAAUGACGACGAUAACGGUGGAUUGAAGAAAAAAUUUAAAAAAAUAACCAAAUUGAUUCAAGUUCAUCAUGAAGAACAAAAUGAUGAUGAUGAUGAUAAAAAAACAAAAUCAAAAUCAAAGAAUCCUAAUCGAAAACAACAACAACAACAAUUUCUACAUGAA